AUGUUCACAUCAGAGUCCUACAGCCAGCUGCCGGCCACGGCAUCAACACGCCAACAACACGCCAUCAACACGCCACGCCACCAACAUGCCAACAACACGCCAUCAACACGCCAACAACACACCAUCAACACGCCAUCAACACCCAAUCAACACACCAUCAACACACCAACAACACGCCAUCAACACACCAUCAACACGCCAACAACACAUCAUCAACACGCCAUCAACACGCCAACAACAGGCCAACAACACACCAUCAACACGCCAUCAACACUCCAAGAACACGCCACGCCAUCAACAUGCCAACCACACGCCAUCAACACGCAAACCACACGCCAUCAACACGCCAUCAACACGGCAUCAACACGCCAACAACACAUCAUCAACACGCCAACAACACUCCAUCAACACGCCAUCAACACACCAUCAACACGCCAUCAACACGCCAUCAACACGCCAACAACACAUCAUCAACACGCCAACAACACUCCAUCAACACGCUAUCAACACACCAUCAACAUGCCAUCAACACGCCAUCAACACACCAUCAACACGCCAACAACAUAUCAUCAACACGCCAUCAACACGCCAUCAACACGCCAUCAACCCGCCAACAACACGCCAACAACACGCCAUCAACACUCCAUCAACACGCCAAGAACACACCACGCCAUCAACAUGCCAACAACACGCCAUCAACACGGCAUCAACACGCCAACAACACAUCAUCAACACGCCAUCAACACUCCAUCAACACGCCAUCAACACACCAUCAACACGCCAUCAACACGCCAUCAACACACCAACAACAGACCAACAACACAUCAUCAACAUGCCAUCAACACUCCAAGAACACGCCAUCAACACGCCACGCCAUCAACAUGCCAACCACACGCCAUCAACACGGCAUCAACACGCCAACAACACAUCAUCAACACGCCAUCAACACGCCAUCAACACACCAUUAACACGCCAUCAACACGCCAUCAACACACAAUCAACAUUCCAUCAACACGCCACGCCAUCAACACGCCAUCAACACGCCAUCAACACUCCAUCAACAUGCCAUCAACACGCCAUCAACACGCCAUCAACACUCCAUCAACACGCCAUCAACACAUCAUCAACACGCCACGCCAUCAACACGCCAUCAACACAUCAUCAACACGCCACGCCAUCAACACACCAUCAACACGCCCCGCCAUCAACACGCCACGCCAUCAACACGCCAUCAACACACCAUCAACACGCCAUCAUACCCUCAACACACAUGUUGGCGUGAUUAAGGCCUAA